AUGUCAAGUGUAGCUCGUUACCUGGUGGGAAAAAGUUGUGUUCUGACACGUUAUGCAGAUGACAGGUUCCUUGAGACAGUUGCUCCAACGAUAGGUGUAGACUACAGACCUGUGUACAGAGAAUUACGAGGACAGUUGACAAAACUCAUGAUAUGGGACACAGCUGGCCAGGAGAAAUUCAAAUCCAUAACUAAAUCAUUUUACCAUGGAGCCCAUGGUGCCCUUGUCGUGUACGACGUGACACAGAAACAAACCCUGUUAGAUCUGAGGAAGUGGAUAGCAGAAAUAAAACACAUAUGCGGCGAUGUACCUCUCGUCAUGGCCGGCAACAAAUGUGACUCCACGUCAAAAGAUCGAGUGCCUGAUGAAGAGAUACUGGCCUUCAUCGAUGAACUGGGUUUCUCAGACAGGCAUUUCCUCGUAAGUGCAAGGACUGGAGAAAAUAUAAGCAAGGCCUUCGAAGCUCUUACGGGUCUACUGAUGGACAAUAUGCAAGUGUUCAGCGUAUCAGAAGAAAAUAGAAUUGCCCUUUGUGCUCGUAAGAAGAGAUCGAGGAAUUGUGCAUGCUAAUCCUUCCGCAAGAUGCCUUGUUUUUAACAAUGGUCAUUAAAGUAUUUUCAAAAGAACCUAUUUCAUCUCGGUAGAAAACACUGAAAAAUGAACUUUCGUGUGAAUCAGUACAUUAAUUUUAAAUCAUUUAAAGUCAUGAAAUAUGUAUACACAUUCUCAAGUGGAGUAUUCUGUGUUGAAACCUCACCUCAAUUAAGAGAACAACAAGAUUCGAAAUUUCUGUAAAUAUGAACAUUAAUUUAAUUUGAAGUUCAAAUUAAAUAGAUGAAAUGUAUUUGUAUUCGAGGCAACCGUAAAAAUAUUUUUCUUCUUUUAAAACAUGACGAUUCUUUUGAUAAUUUCUUGUCAUCUCUACCUUUAUAGAACUCAUAAAAAGUAAUUCAUUUGCAAAGUACAGUAGAACUCCAGUUAUUCGAAUCAAAUGGGACGAACCCUAUUCGGAUAAUUGGAUUUUUUCCGAAGGAAGGAUCUACGUACACUUUUGUUAAUUACUGCAUGUACUGUACGUUGAAAAUAAAAGUAAAAACUAUUUUUAAAGAAAAAAAGGUUUUAAUUAAUUAAAAAAAGUCAACAUGUUUACCUAUGUAUUAGAUAGCUUACUCUAUAGUACUUAAAAGGGCUGAAAAUCAUUGCUUGCUGAACAUCUCGGUCAAAGUAAACUGUUUGACAGACACCGUGCCUGCACUUAAAAUUUCUUAGCCAGGGGUUACAUGCUUUAAAGGAUGAUCAGCCAAGCUUCUGAGCUAAGAUCUUAACUUUUCCACACAGAAUUGAAUCCAAAAUUGGGUUUUCCAUACAACGCUGCUGCAAGAACCACUUGAAAACGCCAUCUAAAUUUUUGUUUGUUGCUGUCUUCAUUGAUUUUCUUGAAGAACUCCCAUCUCCGCUUUCAACCAGUGACACGAAUUUGAAAGUGUAGGUUUUUGCUCCUUUUAAUGUCUGAAAUCGUUGAUUGUCCAACACUACGUUUUAGUCGUAAUUUUUUUCCUUAAAUUCUGAAAGAGAAUCGGAUAGUUGGAGUUUGGAUAAUUGAAGUUCUACUGUAUGUACGGAAUAGCUUACAUUUUACAUUUCUUCAAAAGAACUUUGAAUCCAUCUUGACACAUACAAAUAUCACUCUAUGUAAAGAACUAAGGGAUCUGUUACUGUACUAGAUUCUUGGGGACAGAUUGAGUUGCAAUUUCUAAAUAUAAAUUUGUUGCCAAAUUUGCUGUUUUUCUUAAGGAGUAAACUGAAAAGAUUUCGCGUUACUCAUACAUCAUUUUCCAGACAGUCCCUUGCUGAGAAGACAUUCUGGCAACUGUCUUCUGCACAUAUUUUGCUUAUUGAAAUUUUCUGGAUGUGGCUUCCUGCACUAAUCUAUGCUACCAUCUAUAUUUUCUCUUCGAGGUCUUAACUUCCGUGAAUUUAACUCAAUGAUCUAACUCCAGUGCAAGAUGUGCAAUAGCUAACUUCUGAGAUAGUAAUAAUGACAUGUACAGCUUGUGUUCCUUCAAUCUAUUUCUGACGACUCUGCCGUCUGUCCAAUGUACACUAACCCACAUUCAUGCAAUGCCUUGCAUAUGCUGUGGCCUUCCUUUACAUCCACUUUAUCUUUCACUUGUCUUAAUCUUGAUUUCAUUGUACUGAGUGAACUCAAGUGGUGUUCAGUUGAACAUUCUUUGGCAUUUCAGCUUAUUCGUCUCUAAUGUUUUUGGCAUGCGGUAGAUACUUCUCUACCCUGUGCUAACAAUGUUUCAGAUGAAUUUUCUAAAAUGCUAAAGACAUUUCUACCGAACACCACUUUAUUUCUCUCAGUACAAUGAAAUCAAGAUUGAGACAAGUGAAAAAUAAAGUGGAUGUAAAGGAAGGCCACAGCAUAGGCAAGGCAUUGCAUGAAUGUGUAUUAGUGUACAUUGGACAGACGAGAAGAGUCGUGAGAAAUAGAUCGAAGAAAACAUGAGUUGCGCAUGCCAUUAUUACAAUCUCAGAUGUUAGCUAUUGCACAGCUUGCACUGGAGUUCGAUCAUCGAAUUAAACUCACUUAAGUUAAAACCUCGAAGAGAAAAGAUAAAUGGUAGUCUAGAUUAGUGCAGGAAGCCAGGUAGCGGAUGUUGUAAAUCGAAAAAAGAGGGGGGGUGCAAUGUUAGUAUAUGAAAAAAAGAAUAUUCAAAAAAAUAUUUUUUAAAUUGUCGUAACAAAAAACUAGAAUUGUGGUAAAUUCCAGUAGAACGCUUGCAGUAUUGGAGUGGCAAGAAAAUAAUGUAUACGGUUCAUGUAGAAAAAAUAAUAAUUUAACCACUCAAAAGGCAUGGAUAAAAUUUCUUACCUAAUAUAAAGAACCUCUUUAUUGUAGCCAACAAGUCCGUAUUAAAAUGAGAAUUGCGUUUCAUCGUGUUUUUGUUAUUUAUUUUAUAACCUGAUAUAAAAAAUGUAAAAAUAUAGUUUAUUGAUGGAAUUUGAAGUAAAUGUAAUUACUCAGAAUGGCUAAUAAACGCACUCUGCAACAGUUUAAAA